GUUUGUCGUCUCUUUCUCUCUCCUGUCUCGUCCUCACGCACCCCUCGUUCGGCGAAGGGCGCGCUAUCUUUCUUGGGUAGGAAGCUGCAAAGCUUCGUGGCCGCUCUAGCGUUGCGAAGGGCGGGUCAACCAAGGCAGAUCGAUCGACCGUUCUAUCAUGCAGCCCUUGAUCGACGAAGGCGUGCCGCCUCGUGUUGAAGCUCCGUCUCCUACUCCUGCUGCUGAUGCUGCAGCAUCAGCCGCUGCUGCGACCGCUGCUGCUGUUGUUGACCUCCCUUCUGCUUUCCACAUGCAUGGCGCGGCGCUGGCGCUGUCCGGAACCAACCCGCCGUUUGUUGGAUCGACGGUAUUCGAGGCCUUCCCAACUUCUCAAACAUCGGACACCAGAAAUGGUAGCGGCAGCGGCAGCGGCAGCAGCGGCAGCGCCGCUUUCCUCGACCUACAUGGCGCAACCACCCCUCUCAGCGAACUUUCCGCGGCGUCCGAGCAUCUCGGCCCGCACGAUGGUGUCCUGCCCUCGCCGACGUUGGCCGGAUGCAAGCGUUCGCAGCCCACCGGGGGCUGGAGCUCGUCGAACGAUGGCAAUGACCAGGAGAGAGCCGCUGCAGGAGCCGACAGCAGCAGGACAUGCAUGCGGCGCAAUCAAGAUCAUGAUCAUUCCGAGGCCAGGCCCUCGAGGUUCAUCAUGCAAGGGGCCGCCGCCGCCGCUGCCGCCGCCGCUGGUGUGGUCGGAGAGACCACUGCUACUGCUGCUGCUGCUGCCGCUGUCUUUGUGCCCGGGGUGGCGGCUGCUGAUGCCGUCGACGGGAGCGCUUCUGACCCUGUGUCCUGCCUGGGCGACUACAACUUCAGUUUCGAGGAGCUGAACAAGAUGUCGAAGCGGUAUCCAACGGUCAACACUCUCGGGGACAAAGCGCCCAUGCCCCUUCUCGGCUGGCUGACGCGCGAAUUGGACAUGAACCACUUCGACAUGCGUUGCUUGAUACUGCGUCACCCCCGGCUGAUGGCGUAUCGCGUGACGUCCCACGUUGCUCCGAAGACAAAGUGGCUCAGAGAGCGACUGGGCUUGGGCCAGGCAGCAUUGAGAAAGCUGGUGACAACGUACCCGGCGGUGUUGAGCCGCAGCGUGGAAAAGAACUUGGAGCCAAAGUUCAAAUGGCUAGAGGAGCGGCUGGGAGCUUCUCAAGAAGAAGUCGCGGUACUCAUCAAGCGAUUCCCUCUCAUUUUCGGGUACAGCACUACCCAGAACUUGGAGCCAACGGUAUUGUUUUUCAUGGUAGACCUGAGCGGCGAGCAGGAGGAGAUCAAGUCUGCCAUCAUGUCGUGCCCUUCCAUCCUCAGCCGGAGCUUGGACAAGAGGAUGCUGCCGAGAGCCCAGCAGAUGCGCGAGAAGGACAUCGAGCCCCGCUUCGGCCCGCACAAGUGGGUCGUGUCCACCUACACCGACAAGCAGUUUACGCGGUGGCUUGAGGGGAGGGGUACAUAAAGGGAGGUUGGUUACUGCGACCCGCCUGAAAAGAAUUUUGCGAUAUGCGUGUAUGUAU